CCAUAAGCACCCCCGUAAUGUUAGACACCUGAAGUUGUUUCCAGAUCAGUGAACCAAGCAGCGCUAUCACGCGAUGGCUUGAUAAUAGCAUACGGGAAGAACGUAGUUUGAAGUCAAACUUCAAAAUGGUGCGUUGUACAGGAACCUUUCUUCUCCAACUGCUAAUGGUGUGUCCACUUACGGCACCGGCACAUGGAGACCAGUAUGGUGCGGGGAAUUCAGAGGUGGGCGUCCAGGUCCGAGCGCGCCGGGCCAGCACGGAUUUGACGGAGGCACAGCGCCAGGCUUGCGUGGCCAGACAAAACGAGCUUCGGGCCCAAGUCUCGCCAACAGCAACCGACAUGGGACCUACGAUGGCUUUGGCUGAAUCCAAUGUUGCGGGGUGUGGCGUCCAUCACUGUCCCGAGGGUGUUACUUUAACCGAAUCACCCAAUGCAACGUAUGUCUUGAACGGCCAGGCAGCUUGGAUGGUCACGCGUGGCUACUUUCCUGCGGGUAAUUCUCAAGGGGUAAAACCCUACAUUUCAGGGUCAAGCUGUACCCAAUGCAGCUCUGGGGUCGGUUACUGUCUGAACAACACCUGCGAAAACCCAACGACUACGGCUGCGUCCCUGAAAGAGAGCUCUUCAACGACUGCACCCCCAGACUUGAUCUCUUCAACAACUGCAUCCUCGCCUCCUAUCACUGCCACGGCGGCAGUUUCACCGCCAAUCACUGCCACCACUGCAGUGUCGCCUCCUGCCACUGCUGCACUCUCGUCGCCAAUCACUGCUACGGCUGCAGUUUCACCACCAAUCACUGCCACGGCGGCAGUUUCACCACCAGUCACUGAAACGGCUGCAGUGUCGCCGCCAAUCACUGCCACGGCUGCAGUUUCAACACCAAUCACAGCCACGGCUGCAGUGUCGCCGCCAAUCACUGCCACGGCUGCAGUUUCAACACCAAUCACAGCCACGGCUGCAGUGUCGCCGCCAAUCACAGCCACGGCUGCAGUGUCGCCGCCAAUCACUGCCACGGCUGCAGUUUCACCACCAAUUACUGCAACGGCUGCAGUGUCGCCGCCUGCCACUGCCACUGCUGCAGUGUUGCUGCCUGCCACUGCCACGGCUGCACUCUCGCCGCCUAUCACUGCCACGGCCGCAGCUGCGACGCUGAUCACUGCCACGGCCGCAGCUGCGACGCUGAUCACUGCCACUGCUGCAGUGUCGCCGCCGAUCACUGCCACGGCUGCAAUUUCACCACCAAUCACUGCCACAGCUGCAGUGUCGCCGCCUGCCACUGCCACGGCUGCACUCUCGCUGCCUAUAACUGCCACAGCCGCAGCUGCAAUGCUGAUCACUGCCACUGCUGCACUCUCGCCGCCUAUCACUGCCACGGCUGCAGUUUCACCACCAAUCACAGCCACGGCUGCAGUGUCGCCGCCAAUCACUGCCACGGCUGCAGUUUCACCACCAAUCACAGCCACGGCU